UCGGUUGUUUAUUCAGAAAAGGAAUCAAAAGUAUACGUCUCUCGUUUUAUAACCAUGACAUCCCUUUGGAAAAAUUUAUAGAAAUUUCUAAGGGUAUCACUUAUUUUAAUAUCGGUUUUGGGUCAAUGACCGAAGAAAAUCUUAAUAGAAUCAUCAGUCAUUUGUCAAAUAUUGUCGAAUUAGAUUUGCACGCAACAAAUCUGAAAGAUUCUGGUUUAGAAUGGAUUGGAAAAACUUGCAUUUCGUUAGAAAUUCUAGAUAUAUCGUUCUGUUCGGUAACAGAUUUGGGCAUCCGCUCUUUAUGCUGCGAUUGUAAGAACAAAAAUGAAAUUCGUUGCCAAAAUUUAAAAGUUUUAAGCGUGUAUCACACAGAAAUUACAGCCCGUGGGUUAUCGUUUCUCUUAGAAUAUGUGCCACUGUUGAAAAUCGAAGUGCAAAGACUCCUUCACAUGAACAUGAUAUGUCAUUUCGUGCAAAGAAAUUUCGGCAAACGAUUGCAAAUUAUAGAUUUAUGUCUUUCACCCGGUGAAGAGAAAAUCGACGUCACUCAGAUAUUGCUUUCUCUUCCUAAUUUAAAUUCUCUUUGUCUUUAUAAAGUUUCCAUCGACGAUGCCGAAUUAAUAAGCUUACCUCCUUUCGAAAAUCUUCGCCGUUUGUCCAUAAGUAUUAAAAAAUCUGACAGCAAGUUAACUUUCGAAGAAGGAAUUCUGACAUUUUUACAGAUAUCCGGGCAACGACUUAAAGUUUUACGUUUAAACAAUUUGAAAUAUGUUAAUAUAUAUCCGAUAGGACGGCUUUGCCAAAAUUUAUCGUCGUUUUCUCUCUAUUCCAUUCGCCAUCUUCAUUUUAGAAAUCAAGAAUCCAUUGAAUCGACCAAGCCAAUUUUCGGCAAUCUGGAAUUUAUGAAAAUCGAAAACAUGCGUGGAGAUCCUUGGGACGAUUGCCUUCCUACCAUAUUUUCUCAUUGUCCAAAGUUAAAUUGCCUUGUUAUAUCGUCUACGAGGAGCCUUAAUGAUGAUACCAUAGUUAAGAUCAUACCUUAUCUUUUGCGUUUGAAGUGGUUUAGUAUUUCCUACUGUCCGAAUAUUACAAGGAAUUCGAUAUAUCGCAUCAUCGAUGGGAUUCCUCAUCUUUAUUCGUUAUGGAUAUGGUCGAGACGUAAUUUGUUAACAGCAAGAGAUAAAGAAGAAAUUCAAAGUUACAUGUUUAGCAAUAACAUCUCCAUUAGUUUUAACUACUUUCAGGAUACAGAAGUGGACAUUUCUUCAGAAGACUACAGCGCGGAUUUAAGACUAGUUGGAUUCUCGUGAAUGUGUUAAUGUAAUUAGUCACAAAUAAAUAAUUAAUAUGAA